CGAAUCACAUCUCCGUUAAAUAUUAUAUAAAUAAAACAAUGGCAUACGCAUGUUGUGCCACCAAAAAUAUUUUGAGGGUAUCACAAUGCACCCGAUUAAUGUCGGUCUACCCUUCACAUUAUGUGAAUCCAAUUGUUGAGAAAAAGUUGCAGAGCACCAAAGGAAAUGAGCUCUCUCAUAUACCAAUCAAAGCGGCUCCAAAUGACUUGAACGACACAAUAUUUUAUGGGCAACUGAAACAGAAAUUUCUUAACUAUAUUACUAAGGAAGGUAAUGCCGUUUUAGCCAAAGAGCUGCUAACCAAAACUUUUGAGGCAAUUAAACGGACACAAAUUGAGCGAUUGAAUCUUGGCACAGCUGAUCAAGAGAAAGUUAUUACUGAUGCGGAAACUCUUCUUAUAAAUGCCAUUGAAAACUCUCGACCUUUGUUAACGCUUUCCGCAAUUAAAAGAGGCGGAGUUAAGUAUCAAGUUCCAAUUCCGCUGACCGAACGAAAAUCCUACUUUCUUGCUAUGAAAUGGAUUUUGGAUGCCGCACGCGAAAAAGAGCGUAAAGUGAAGUUGCCUGACAAGCUGGCUUGGGAAAUCUUAGAUGCUGCCUGUGGACAAGGAAGAGUCAUUAAAAAGAAGGACGAUUUACAUAGGCAAUGUGAAACCAAUCGUGCUUACGCUCAUUACAGAUGGAGCUAAUAUGCAUAUUUGUUGUUUCUCAUGUUACUGCCACCAAGGGCAUUAAAAUAAUAAAAAAAAAAAUUACAUUAAAAAUAA